CUCCUGUCAUUUACCAAAUAAACCAUUACGAGAUCUCGGCCUCAGCAGUUGACCUGACAAAGCGUCCUGGUGUACUUCGGGUGGCCAGUCCUCCCUCUCUUGUGCGCCUCGAGUCCCACUUUCUCAUUCGCUUGGAGUGAGAAUGACGCUCGAUUCUGAGUGUAUCGUCAAGAACUUUGCUGGCGAGGAUACCGAACCGGAACCACAGCCUCCAGCACCACCACUCGACCCAUUUUGGGGUUCCUCACCAGUUGCGCGCUGACGCGCACGCGGUUAUUUGCAAUUAUGAACGCGUUUAAGAUGGAUGAGUUAUCUGUGACGACGUAAACGAAGUAAGACUGCAGAUUGGCGGAGCCUAUACUUAGUCCAUGUAUGCCUUUUUAAUAUAUGUUUCCGCUCCCUGGUCGAUGACUCGUUAUCUACCGACCUGCCUAUACAUGAUGAGAAGCAUAAUUGAAGAAGCCCGGUAAUGUCUUCAAAGUGAUAGGUAGCAGUGUCUGAAAGGUAGGUAGAAGUCUCGUGACACAGAAGGCAUAAUGAUCUGUGAUACUCCCACCAGAAACUUUAGACUUUGAUAACGUCUUUCAAUUUGGGUGGUGUAAAGCGCUGGGGGGAACGUCAUAACAGCGGACACUCGACUACCUAAGGUAGGUAGGUACCGUAAAUAAGGUUUUGUGCCUACAAGGGCCCCUAGGUGAGUGCCUAUCCACCUAUGUGGGGAUCCACUUUGACUUUAAUGGGCACCCGCAGGCACAUUUCCGAUCGCGUCGUCCAAGCCCACUCCAUACGCGUCAAACCCCACGUCUCGCGAUAGAGCUCUGGUCCGACAUGUCCGCCGUAUCGUCCCCAGCUUCGUUUCAAACCGCACUUCAGUCGCCCGAUGCCGCCGACACAAAGAACACGCCCGCGACUCCCGCAAAAAUCAGACCUAUGUAUUCCCUUGCGGACCAGCUCCCCCGCGAGCUCAAGGAGCACUGCCAGAUCUACCUAGAGGAGCAUCUAUGUAAGUUUGACUGCAGCACCCGGCCCACGACCAUCGCCCCCUCCGCUGACAGGCAUCUAGAUAAUGGCGCGCUCGGUCUCUUCAACAGCCUCCUCACCUCAGGCUACUCACGAAAGGAAAAAACCACCAGGAAACCCAUCUAUGUCCCGCCUUCAACCCACCUCGGUCUCCUCAACACGCUGGCCAUCCACCCGAGCCACACCACCCGAGCCGCCGGCUCCGACCGUCUCGAGGUAGGGUCGCAGGCGCUCGACUACCUGCGCAACCUGCUGGUCAUCGUCGGCCCCAUCAAUGCCGGGCUCAAGGACGCAUUCCGGUUUCACGGAGUACAAUAUGGUCGCCGAAGCCGAUACCACGACGAAGACGACGACGAUUUCGACGGAGACCAGAUAUCCAACAAUAAGCUUGCCAGCGAGGACAGCAUAUGGCAGCGCGCCCAGGAUUUCUGGGCUGUUGUGGGAUGGGCCUUCAACUGCAGUAGGAUACAUUCCCACCGCUGGCGCUUCUGGAAGGUAUGGUUGGAGUUCAUGCUGGAUGUUCUCGAAGCCGAUCUCGGCGAACGAAAGCGCAUGGACGAGGACGCGCUGGCCUCUCCGCAGGCUCCGCAGCGCUGGGACAACACACGGGGGUCUAUCCUCGUCAUGUAUAUCCAGCAGAAAGCCGACUCUGGCAGGGGCGCUCUGAGGAUGAUCCUACAGGCCAUGUUUGCUGAUGGCUCCAGUUCGUCCAUGGCCAAGUUCUCGGAGGUAUUUAACAAAGAGACAAAGGGACUCGCGAGCGACGACAAGAAGCGGAAGCGGACAGCCAUGCUCGACAUCGACAACGGCCAGUUUGGCGACUACUUCCACGACCCGACGGACUCUGAGCCCUCGGACACGGGCACGCCGGGAACCCCGCGCACGCCAGUGAAGAAGGCAGGCGAUACGAUUACGCCCCUGGCCGAUUCCAUCCCACUUCGUCUCAGGCUGAUGGAACUCCUGUCCGAGGUUGCCUACGAUCUUCCCGAUACGUUCAUGGACCACAACGAAUAUCUAAUGGAGCUGUGCAGGCUGCUCAAGCAGCAACCUCUGUCGUUCUUCCACCAAUUCAUCAAGGACAUGGGCGUCUACGUCCAGCGCUACGGGGGUGCAUUCAAGGUCGACCUCCUGACCAUCCAAUUAGACCAGCUGCUACCCAAUGGAUACUUGGAUCCAAAAAAGGUCUGCAACGGCGAAGAGACUGGCGUCAUAAUCAAUGCGGAUGUUCUGGAGCUGUGCUACCUGGGUAUGCAUGCUAACACCAUCGACCCGGACGACAACGCCAGGGUGGCGCUGAUCCUCGAGAACCUCCUUCACACGUUGCCCGCAGAGGACGUCAGGAACGCCGGAGACCGGCUCCAUAAAGCUGCUGCUCGAGGCAUCGAGGCGCGCGAGGCGAAGGUUAAGGGUUCGAAUAGGAGGAGCGCGACGACCCCGAACCGUCGGGGUCGUGGUAGGAAGGGCCCGAAUGCGCGAGACUUGUAUGCCAAGCAGAUGAUGGACCUGGCAGCGGAGCGCAUAUUGCUCUACAUUGAGAUCGUGGCCGCGCAUACGUCCAACGAGAAUGGCGAUGAAAACAAGGAUGUGGAUCAGAAGAUGGGGCUGUGAAGAGAGAGGUGUUGUUGUCAAGAGCAAUAUGAGAUAUUAGGCGUUUGAAGGGAGCUACAAGAUUC